AUGGAGAAUAACGAUAAAGUUGCGAACCGGGUCUGUCUGAUCGUCAUCGAUGGCUGGGGAAUCAGCUCUGAAGAAUACGGAAACGCAAUUCUCAAUGCCAAAACUCCUGUGAUGGACAAGCUCUGCUCGGGUAUAUAUUUAUAAAUGGUUCUCAUUUUCUGGUGAUUAUCCAUAGGAUAAAAGAAACGGGUUAAUGAACUAUCUGUGCUGAAUAUGACCAGAAGAUUGGAAAAAUUUUUUAAUGAGUGUCGCCCGAAAUGGGCGAGAAUUCGUAGAAAACUUCUACCAUAUGUUCGGAAUAAGCAAAAUUUUUGCAAAUAUAUGAAAAUUUGGUGGUAUGAAAAAAACAGCGAAAAUUCAAACGGCGACUUUUCCGAUUUUUUUCGUAUCGCUAGGGAACUUUCCGACGGCCACCUUUCCGACGAAUCUUUUUCCCGACUUUUUCCUUAUAUUUUUUUCUGUUUAUAAAUCAUCUAUUAACAUUAUUUUUUCCUAUUUCUUUGUGUUCUCAUCAUGAACGACUUGUCUACUUUACAUAGGAACAUUUAAAACGAAGAUUUUAUCGAGAAAAAAAAGUCGGAAAAAGUUUCGUCGGAAAGGUGGCCGUCGGAAAGUUCCCUAGCGGUAAGAAAAAAUCGGAAAAGUAGUCGUUCAAAAUUUCGCUGGUCUUUUUUCAUACCACCGAAAAUUUCUCACAAAAAAAAGAAUCAUUCCCGUAAUCUACUGAUUUUGAAGGUCUCGCUUUUGAAUCGAUUCGAUCAUUAUCUUUAUCAAUCUGUAUGACAGACAAUCUGGUCAAGUAUUUUUGCCAAUGAGGGAUUUUGAGGUAACUGGACCGAAAUAGAAGCGCACGGACUUCACGUCGGUCUCCCCGAAGGUCUGAUGGGCAACUCGGAGGUCGGCCAUCUGAAUAUUGGCGCCGGCCGUGUUAUCUAUCAGGACAUUGUUCGCAUAAAUCUCGCGUGCAAAAACAAUCAGCUGGUAAUGGCUUUUCUCCCUUGUACCGAAGUCAUUUCGACUGUUGAAGGUCAAGAACGAAGGUCUGAUCAAUGCGGCUAACCGUGCCAAGAGCGGAAACGGCCGUCUUCAUCUUGCUGGCUUGGUCUCGGACGGCGGAGUUCAUUCUCACAUAGGUUUUUUCAACCCUAUUGGCUUAAAAAGUUGAAAAUUGAGAAACUAAAGAUUUUUAGUUUUUCAUUUAGAAAUCCAAUAUGUUAUAGCUAUAAAUAGGGUUAGCUAUAAAUAAGGAAGGAAAACUGUUAAAUUUUCGUUAAAAGUUAUUUCAUCUGAAGACCAGUAAAUUUUCCAAGUUUCCCGGUUGAAAAUUAGACUUCAGAUCACAUGUUCGCUCUGAUCCAGGCCGUGAAGGAACUCGGCGUUCCUCAUCUUUUCCUGCACUUCUACGGCGACGGGCGAGACACGUCUCCCACGAGCGGCGCCGGCUUUUUGCAGCAGACUUUGGAUUUCCUCCAAUCGCAAAAGUUCGGCAAAUUGGCCACAAUCGUUGGAAGGUCAGCUAUUUCUCAAAAAAAGCGCAUUCGUAUCAUUCUCGUUUUUACUAGAAAAAAAAAGAAAAGAAAGAAAGGCUUCAAUCCUCAGAAUCAAAUUCUUGUUUUUCUUUGAUCUUUUCUCGGUUUUUUUUUCCAUUGGAAACUCUACCAAUCUCUCAAAAUUAUUUGUGUUACUCGUGAUGCAUUUCAAUCAGGUUUAUUUUCAAAGAAUGUUAUCCUACUGUACUUUUAAAACGGGAAUGCUAGAAAAGAAAGUUUUUUAGAAUGAUUUCACUAAGAUCAGGGCUUGAUAAAACUGUUAGCGAAGUGUCUCUUCACAGGUACUACGCAAUGGACCGCGACAAGCGGUGGGAGCGUAUCAACAUAGCUUACGAGGCGAUGAUCGCCGGAAUCGGAGAGGAAUCGACCGAGGAUAAGGUUCAUUUUUAGAUAUUGAAUGAGUGAAAUUUUAUAAUCUACGAGCCAGAAAGUCUUUGCAAGGUUCUUGACCAAAUUUCUAUAGUGUCUAUUUAUUUUCUAUCUCAAAGUUAUCGUUCAUCAUACCCCCUGUUAGGUUGAUCACGCAAUUAUUUUUUUUCAGUUAGGUCAGGUUUGGUAUUCUUGAAAAUUUCUUCAAGGGUGUCAGUGACCUAGCCAUUCAAGAUAAAGUUGUAAGGGACGAGAACCCAACUUUUUUGGAAAAUAAUCAUCCUGUUUGAAGAUUUGAAAAGAAGUUUUAAAAGGGACACAAAAGGGUUGAUUUACAAUUUUUGUUUUUUUUUUUUUGAAGUCGUAUCAUGUUGAUUGAAUGUAAUGUAUGAAAAACCCUUCUUGAGGUUGUGGAUCUCGUGAAAGGAAGGUACGAGAACAACGAGACGGACGAGUUCCUCAAGCCGAUAAUUUUGCAAGGAGACGAAGGCCGCGUCCGCGACGACGACACCCUUGUCUUUUUCGAUUACCGCGCCGACCGAAUGCGCGAAAUUUCGGAGGUUUCCAUUUUUUUUUUGCACAGCUCAAGGUUCCUGUUCAAAGUGUGAAAAAUCAAUUACAAAAGAAGUAGUUCAGAAAGACGAGUUAUUAAAAAAGGAUGAAAAUAAGUUUUAACCUGAGCAAGAAAGUUUCGAAAACAAUUAAAUUCGAUUUGAUUCUCGGAAGUUAGUGCUUACUUUAAUUCAGCGAAAAUUUUGAGGAAAGUUGAUGGUCUACAAAAAUCGUUCGCCUGUGUAUGGUUGUGCGUUUCCUCUAUUCGUUAUUAGGACUUUGGUUAAAAUGAAUAAUGAAAAAAUAGUUAAAUUUUCUGUUCACAUGAACGUUCGAGUAUCGCUCAAAAACAUCUGGAAGGUUCUGCGUUUCAGGUGAUGGGUAUGGAGCGGUAUAAAGACUGUAACUCGAAGCACAAGCAUCCGAACAACGUACAGGUCAUCGGUAAGAUUUUACUUUUUGGAAACAUUUCAAGGGUUUUUUUUUUGAGGCAUGACUCAGUACAAAGCAGAAUUUCCUUUCCCUACUCUGUUCCCGCCUGCAAGUAACAAGAACGUGUUGGCAGAAUGGCUGGCUUCUCAGGUAUUUUUAAUAGAAAAAGAGUAAAAUGAAGUUCAAUAAAGAAAUGGAAUUUGGAGGUUUUGCUAGAUUAGUUCUGGUUCAAUUUUUUUCCUACUAAAAAAAUGAAAGUUCAAUUUAAUCAACAAUAAACUACUCAUUCCAGAUAAACUUCGAUUGAUCACGUUUUUUUUUUUAGAAAGUUUCUCAGUUCCACUGUGCAGAAACAGAAAAGUACGCCCACGUGACUUUCUUCUUCAACGGAGGACUGGAAAAGCAGUGGGACGGCGAGGAGCGCUGUAUGGUCCCCAGUCCGAAGGUAGGCCCCGUAAAAGUCGCUGCAGAAGUCGGACUCUUCAGGUGGCAACCUACGACCUCCAGCCGGAGAUGUCCUGCGCCGGCGUCGCCGACAAAAUGGUCGAGCAGGUCGAACUCAAGAAUCAUCCCUUCAUCAUGUGCAACUUCGCUCCGCCGGACAUGGUCGGUCAUACCGGCGUCUAUGAAGCCGCGGUCAAGGCUUGCGAGGCCACCGACGCCGCCAUCGGCAGAAUAUUCGAAGCCUGUCAGAAACACGGUUCGUUUGUUUUUUUUUAAUUUUGAGGCGCCUUACCUUGAUUGAAAUGAAAAGUGAAGUAAAAAAUUUAAAGAUUGGAAAAAAUUACUUCAAAGUAUAUUUUCAGCAAAAAAUUUACGUCCUUUUGCUCUUUCUUUCUCUGCUUUUUUUUUUUUUUGAGCUUUUGCUCACGCUGAACCAUUUUCAAAUCUCCGACGGCUUUUCAGCUGUGUUCAACAGUUCAAAAAAAAAAACUUCAAUCCAAAGUCGAGUUCAAUUUGAGGAAAAUGAAGCAAACAAUUUUCUGAGGGUGUAAGUUUCAAAGGUUUAUUUAAUGCAGAAGCUUAGCCGACCUGAAUAUGCUUCUGAGUAGACCAAAAAUCUUCUGUAGGCUAUACGAUGAUGGUGACGGCGGACCAUGGAAACGCGGAGAAGAUGAAGGCGCCCGACGGCAGCAAACACACGGCCCACACUUGCUACCGCGUUCCCUUCACCAACAGCAAUUCUGCAUACAAAUUUGUUCAUGUUCGUUUCCUCUUUCUUUGGCUUUCAACAUGUUGACUAUAGGCAGUUAGAAGUAUAAGAAAACUGUUACUUAAAAAGAGGUAGAUUACUCAAAUUAGUAGAUCGAUUUUGAUGCUCGGGUUUCAAGAAAAAGGAUUUUUCAGCCUUCCGACCGAGCUCCGGCGUUGUGUGACGUCGCGCCGACUGUUCUGGCCAUCAUGGGACUUCCGCAGCCAGCGGAAAUGACUGGCCAGUCUAUCGUUUCCAAAGUUUGAAACUCAGCGUCCAUCUUUCCCAUGAACUAAUCUUGAUUUUCCCAUUAAAUUUCAUAGAUUAUUAGUUGAGCAGUAGCUUAAGAUUCAUCUAGUCGCUUGUUAGUAUUUCGCCAUAAUUCAGACGUGGUAGUAAAUAUAAAUGUAUAACAAAUUGAAGAUAUGUCUCGUUCUAUUCUUGUGAAUUUUUAAUUGCAACAUUUGAGAAUAAAUGUUUCUUCCCGAAAGUUAUUCAUUCUUUUCUCUUCCGGUUUUUUUCAGACUUCCAAGUUUUCUGUGAUCGUAAAAUUUUCAUAGCUCGUUUAUCGCGCUCUUUUUUUAUUUUUUAAAUUCUUUGUUGGCUUAUUUCAUAUGUGAGUUUAAAAAAAAUAGUAGGAUAGAAACAAGAAGAAUAGGGACCGAACUUUUUUAAAUAGCCGGGUGCGCUUGAAUUGUACUCGUGCCAAAAAUCGCAUCGUUCUCCGCUUUCCUCGUCUUUCAAAGUCAGGAGGGCUUGACUAAAACACUUUUGGAUUGAACAUUUAGAAGGAAGUGAGUUUCGUGUUCAAUUUGGGACGCCGUGACGCGUUCAUCUUUUGCCAGGUAUUUUCUUUAUUAUCUUUUUUUUUCUUGUUGCAUUUUAUCCUGCAUAAGUAGGUUUUCAACAACUAUCAACUGAUUUUUUUUUUUUGAAAUGGGUAUUCUAAACGUAAGAACAGUGAAUAAUAAACGUUGAGGUUUUUCCAAAAUUCUCAUAAGAAUCAUUCGACAACUGCGAUAAUCAUUUUUAGUUUAAACUAGUUCAGUUUUUGAGACACAUUCUCUAGCUAUUUUAUUCUGUUUACAAAAUUAUUUUGUUUGAACUGUACCUCUACACUCAAUGAUUAUAUCGCAAUUUAAGUUUUUUGAUAUGUUACAAGAAAGGCUUCUUUUUUGUAGGUUUCAAAAGUUAAGAAUGACCUUUUCUAUUAUAAUUGCUUUUAGAUGGUUGUAACUUUUGAAUUUUUUAAAAUUUUGAUCAAAAUCUUCUAUCUUCUCUCGUGAUCCAGUUCAGAAAAUUUGUUCUCUAAUUUCUGAUUCAAGAUAGGAAUGUUUUUGGUUAAAGCUGUGCUAUCUGAUGUUGGCUAAUACUGAUGUGAUCCCGAGAUGAGAUGUUGGUAGUGGAAAGAGUUGGCCGAUCGCAACCUUGAUCGUUUCCUCGCGAGUCGGAGAGCACAUCUGGGUCGCCAAGCUCCGCCCCUCCUCGCCACUCCGCCUUCGCCUCAACCCUUGACCGCCUUAUUCACCAAACAUUCUCUCACAGGACUUUCUGCCCUUUCAAGUUCACUUUUUUUUCAAUCGAAUUCCUUUCAAAAUCCCGAAUCUUGAAAUUUUGAUCUAAUUAAUAAUGUUUGCUCUUACAAUGAUAUCGCUUUCAUAUGGGGGUUUUUUGAUAGAUUUUGAAAGCUUUCAAAAGAAGUAACGUUAAUCGGAAGAAUUUUAGAAGAUCUCGGCCAUUUUCAUUUUUCAAUAUUUUAUACACCCUAUUCGCCAUAACUGUCUGUUUUAUCCACGCUCUUUUUUUCUCUUCCGAAUGAGGUAUAUCAAAAAGAGUUUCUAAAAACUUCAACGUUACUUUUUGGGAUUUUUCUCGUAGCUCUCCCUAGCGGAAUACGUCUUUAAAUGGUUGGAUAGGCUCUUUUUUUACAAUCUAAAGGCAGAGUACGACAAUAAAUAGUUUUGCUGAAGCGAAUUUAAAAAAAACGUUCUAUAUCUGGACGUUUAUAGUGCUAGUUAGAAUCGAUGCGUCUGAACGCCUACGCCCACCUCCUUUUUUGUUUUUUUUUAGUCCCACCGGCCGAUCGAUAGGCUUCGGGCUUUUGCGCACUCUUCAUAUGCGCUCACUAAGACCGCUUCCUUGUUUGUAAUUCUCAUUAGGACAUUGAUUGUUCUUUCGAAAUUCCUCACAAACAUUUUUUUCAAAGUUGUUUUUUAAAAAAAAGCUGCUUUGACAUAGGAUUCCGAAUUGACACAGCCAGUGAACUUCAGCCGAAAUGGUUUCUAGAGAAUCCUGAUCACAUGCGAAAAAUUCUGAAUUUUUUCUUUCUAAAGUUUAAUUUUCGUCGAAACAAAUUCUACCUCAAAAAGGACUUUAGUGAUGAGCAUUGCAUAAUUUUGAAGCGUCCUAAAAUCGACUCGAAACCCAAAUUCGAGAAAAACUUAAUUUCUGUGCGAUGUAAAAAUGUCUUCGAAAUUAAAAAAAAUUCUUUAAGCUUGGUCUUCAUGCAGUAAUCUUACUAUUUACAGUUCGAAAUUUUAAAAAGCUUUGUUUUUUGUAGUUUCUUCUAUGCUAUUUUUAGCCUAUAAGCGCCAUAAACACCUCAAAAGAAACAAAUUCGUGCCGGAGACCAGCAUUUUCGCAGCACGUUAAUUUUUUUCGAAGGAUAUGCAGGGUUUCGAGUCGCAUAAAUGAGUAGAAAUGGGGACAUAUGAACGGAGAUCGGUAUAAACAGCCCUGGUCGGCGAAAGAAAUGCAUCGGCCUCUCGCUUUACUCUGUCUCUCCGGUCUCCUCUCCCACCAAACAAUUCUGACGUGGCAUUUCAUUUUAGCCCUUUUUCAACCGUUUGUUGAAAAUUGGCUUUUUUUCCCUUCUUUUUUUCUUGUUUUUGUAUUUUAAUCGAUUAUAAAACGGCGGCCAUUUAUUUUGCCCUUGAAGCCUUUUUUUAAAUUCGCCUUCAUUUUUGCAAACAAAGCUUCGAAGCCACACUAAUCGACACUAAACUGGUUUCUUUUCCGAAAGAAGUUCUAUUUUUGAGAUUUUCAAAAGUACAGGUUUUUUUCCUAUUGUGAUCAAUACAUAUGGUCUUAUUAUCCAAAAGGCCCAUAUAUUCAUGGCCUCAAAGUGAAAUGUUUUUUUUAGAUAUCCAUAAAACUAUUUGGCUAUGAAGCAAAAAAGAGAUUUUUGAUAGUUUACGGCGCAACAUCAUGUAAAAUCUUUAAAAAAAUUGUUUCUACAAUUUCCGAAAGAAAUAAAGCUUUCUCGUGGGCGAUAAAAUUUUAAUAGUUUUUUAAUGGGGGAAGAAUUCGUGGUUUUUUACAUUUUUGGUGCGGGAAAAGCGGGUGUGUGAGUGACAGGACGACGAAAUUUGGUUGUACGGAGGACCUUUUUUUUAUCAAUUACUCUCCAAGCCUUGAAACGAUCCUUAUCUACGUCUUCUCGACUGUGCACUGAACCAGCACGAGUACACUUUUCUUCCCUCUCCAAUCACGUAAUUUGAUAAUUAAAAGUUGAAUAGAGGAGUUAGGAUUUUUUUUUCGCGAUGUAAGCUGUCCAGAAGUUUAUUUGGCUUUAGUUACGAUGAAGAUUUGCUGAAGUUUUUUCCGACAAAAAACAUGUUCGCACUGCGGAUCCCACGGUACCUAUAUUGUUCUUUCUUUUCUACGACGCUGCUAACCGGUUAGCUCAUGGUUUUCAAAAAAGCGAAAUCAAUUGCUAUUUUUCGACCUUUGAAUGAGUCAGUAGUACUGAACAAGCGUCAAAUUGUGAGAGGCGCCCUUUUGAUGAUAGAUCCUGAUAGCAGGAAGAAGGCAGGUAGAAGUGCCAGACGAACAACUGGCGGCGAAAUAGUGUUCGCUCCAACUCACUGGGUUCCACGGUGGACUCGCGCUUGCGAAAUUUGUUGCCCAACACAGAUCUUGGCUUUUCCUCGCCUUUUUCUUCUUGAUCUCCGUCCGUUUUCAUUCUUAGACCCAUUCUUUCCAGCAAAACGUUCCAUAUUGACUCUUCUUUAAAAAUGUUUUUCAUUGUUCAAAAAGGAUCCACGAAAGCUAACAUGUGUUCUCAAAACUUAUUUUAAAGUAAAGUAACUGAACUUUCUUGGCUGACUUAGGACAGUGGAAUAUUUUAAUCUUCUUUCAUCUUAUUGUCUUCUACGGGCUUUUCUUGAUCUUUGGAGCCGUUUCCGCACUUUUUCUGCUCAUAAGUCACAAAUAGAAAGAAUUUUCAACUUUUGUUUCUUCCUUGUUGUCCCGGUGUUCACCAAUUGUUUUUGCAGGGGUAUUGUCUCAAACAGUCGCCAAAAGGCAUCGAAAGCAGGAAGAUGGACGCGUUUGACGACCUGCUACUCGGCGUCGACGAUCACGAGAGCCUCGGAAUGAUGCUCUCGGUGGCGGAUGACGACGACAUCCAUCUCUGGAACAUGCCGUCCAACUUCCCGGAGCCUGAGCUCUUUUGUGACGACCUCGUCUCGAAGCUGGACCUGAUGCAGGCCGAGGCUGAGCACAGCUACGCCGCCCCUUUGUCUCCGCCGGACUCGAUCGCCAUGAGCCACGCUUCGACUUCUCCUUCCUCAUACCACUCCUCUUCCAGCUCCGAGGGUUUUCUUUUAUCUCCUCCGGACCAUUCUUUAUUUUCUCAUUUUUCAGAGGGCUAUCAAGUCGAUAUCCUACAAGCCGCCAGUAACGAAAUUUUCGCCCCGACAGUCAAGCCAGAUUCAGAUAAUGAACUAUUUUGCAGAGUUGGUUUUUAACAUUUUUUCAAUACCAUUAUACUCCAUUUUUUGUUCGUUUUUUCCCGUUGAAAAUAAUUUUUGAUACUGAAUAACUUGACAAAAAUAUGGUCGGAAUUUUUUAUCAAAAUUCUGGAGUAAGAGGAAGCUUCUUGUAGUGGUUGGAAGGGCAUAAGUUUACAUUAUUUUCUCGCUCAUCUUCUUGUUCUCACAAGGCUUCUUGUAGAGUGGCGCCCUCGUCGGCUACACGAGCACCAGCAGUUCUAGCGUCACCUCGAGCAGUAGCAGCGGCAAGCAGACGAAUCAGUACAAACAGACGUCGAGGUUCAGCUCCUCUGGUGCCUACGUCGGAUCCGCAGCCAAGCCGUCCGUCUCCUCUAUCAGAUACAGUCGGUUUUUCUUUCCCUUCUUAUUUCCGCAUAGUUGGAAUGACUCCUUGAAAACUCGUUUUCAAUUGUGUUUCUUCUCCUUACAAUUUUCUCGUUGACCACAGUCGAUGGUGUCUGCGAGAAGUGGCGAUCCAUAUGAAUUGGCCCUUUUCUCUCUUUUCCAUCCGAGGGAAAAGGACUCGACUAUCGAUUGGACCUUUGCGCGAAAAUCGUCUAAAAACGUUUGGAGCGCCUGCGCGAGACAUCGAACAACGCGCAGAUCCUUUCAUCGCUGCGUAAAAGCCUUAAAAAGAGGAGUAGGGUGAGAAAGAGAAAGAAGGAGAAGAAAAAACCGUAGCGGGGCUGGAAUGGUCGCACUGGUGAUUUGCAGACCGGCAACCUCUGCAAACCAAUUACAGCCUCGUGGGAACAGAAUAUACGCUGGUUUGUAGUUGCUGGGAGGGAACACUCUUUACAGAACGACUGUAAUUAAGAAGUUUCAAAGUUGAAAGUACUGGAAGUCUACAGCAAAGUUCCAAAUUAAAAGAAGAGCGGAAAUUCAUUUAAGCGAGUAAAGUUCCAUUCAUAGAGGCCGUAUGCAGAAUUUGGGAAAUUGUUCGUCUUGGUUACAUGUUUAUAAGUGCGAAGGAAGAAAUAAGCUCUCGGCAAGCUUUCUCUAAUGUGAUAUGAAGGGGUCAAACUACGGAUGAAAAAUGUGAUAACCAAUCCACAUUCAUCUGAAUACUUAACUUCGCGUCUGACUCCUAGAUGCACGGUUUCUGCAGACCAUCUGAAAUGCGGCCUUUCCCAAGAUGCAGAGCAGCUGUAAUUUCUCGCCAGACGACCAAGUCCGAUGAGCGAGGUCUUUGGUUUGUUGAUCUGUUACACUCGAACAUUUUACACAUUAUAAACUUCAUCCACGUGUGUAUGUUGUUGCGAGAAUGGAUAGUAGUCGAUUCAAAAUUGAUGCGGAAUCAAAGUUCUUCUCCACUGAAGGCCAGAAAGAUGACAAUGGGACGGUGGAUCUGAAUAGGGAAAAGAACGCGCGAGGGUCGCGAUUGUUUGCCCAAUACGAGCGGCCAUAGCUAUUCACAACCUUUGGUGGUCCUUUUCGAACUAAGGAUUGGGAAUUUGAAAAGGGUGGUCGUUAAUAUCCAUUUGGCGUUUUUCUCGAAUCAGAUAUAGUUAAUUUGUUUGACUAAAGGGUUUUCAACUAGUUUUUCUAGUUCUUUCUUUUCACGCUAACGUUAUAAAAACUUUCCAAAGGGAAACGCUUUUUUUUUCAAUAGCACUAAAGUUCAAAUCGGUUUAAUUUUCGGAAUCUUGCCUUUUAAACCUUGAUCCUUCAAAGGAAUUUCACGGCCUGACUGACCGAGCUGUCCGCUGCGAACUGUUUGUCCAACUGUCGCUGCGUGAGUACGUGCGAAUAGAAAGAACCUUUCUCACGAAAUUUUUCUAUCCGGGAAUUUAAUUUUUUGCGGUUUUAUUAUUUAAGAGUUUGCGUGAGAAUGUCCGGCAGUAAUUUUUUGGUGUUCCGAAUGAAGAUAAUUGGGCGUGUGUAGUGCAAGAUAAUGAGGAUUUGGGAUUUCGUCGCAAGAAGAUGCCGGGAAAUAGAUAUCAUUUGUUCACGAAACACGUUCUGAUCCUCCGAGAAAUCUUAGCGAAAGCAGUUUGGACACGAUCGAUUUUGUCUGGUUUACGGAAGAAGCGACCAGGAACUAAUUCAAGGGGAGAUGGAUUAAGAUCAGGGAUGUAGACGUCUGCAUUUCGGUGAUUGGCAGAAUUUCGCAUGACAUUUGAUUGGAAAGUCUAUUCACUUGGAUAAUCGAAGCAAAUUAACAAUUUUUAAAAUUGUCUUAUUUUUCAUACCCUGCUUUGUUUGAAGCUUUAAAAGAAGACGAUUGUAGAGCCUUCUUCACAACGACAUCUCAACGGCAACCCCGCCAACAUUUCCCUGAACACAACGACGACUUUCUCUUCUGGAAACACAGUCAACUUCAAAUCAGGUGCUUUAGUUCACACAAGAAGACUGUUUUAUUUCAUUUUUGACGACCAAGAAAAAUGGUUAAAACUGAGUUAAAAUCCUAUUUUUACCCUUCAAAAUCGAGAAAACCAGAGCACGCAUGUUAAAUAUUCUUUCGGGAACCUUCUCAUCGAAAACUAGAAUUUGACUGAUCGAAAAACUCAGGAUCUCCCUUUAGUGCAUGUCUAAGCCUAUUCUGAGAGUCCAUUUCUUGUUAGAUAAAACCAUUUUUGUGAAUCACCCAAAAUGUAUUCAGGUGAAAGAAGGAAGUACCCGGCCCUGGUACUGACAGAAGAAGAAAAACGGUUGUGCAAAAAGGAAGGGAUCCUUCUGCCAGAGUUCUACCCUCUGACAAAGGCCGAGGAGCGCGACUUGAAGAGAAUCCGACGCAAGAUCCGCAACAAGCGGAGCGCCCAGACAAGCAGAAAACGCAAGCAGGUCAGUCGCUUCCGUUUACUGUUACCUCAGUUACCUAAGUCCUAACCGCGGACAAAUAUUUGCUGCUGGUGACCUUUUUUCUUGCCGUGCCAGGGUGGCAGAUUGCGCGGCGAUUUCGAGGUGCAAAAAGGCGACGUCUCAGCUGAUUCUGCGGUCGGGCGCCUGGCACUGGCUGUCCCCGUCCUGUUCGAACCAGUCAAUGAUUUUAUCUUUUGGCCCACUUUUCUUAAAUGACUACCGGUAAUCGGAUGGAAAUUGAUGAGGUCUCAUGAUUCUCGUGUGAGGCGGUGGCCCACUUGGAAGAUGUACCUCGUUUCCACUUUGGUCAAGUCUUCUAAAGGAACUUUCAUAUCCUUGAACCUUAGAAACAAUAUGCGUCUGAAAGGGUUAAUAUUACUCUAUCAGAAAUAGCAAUCACAAGGUGUUAGAAAAACAGACCGUGAGUUGCUAGGCGACGUCACAAAAGACGCAGAGCUAGUAACUCACUUCAAACGAGUCUUUCUAAGAAAAGGAAAAUUUAAAAAACGGCAAGAACGGAAUCCUGCUUUUGGCGAGAUCAUGAGGUCAAUAAAAUCAGUGACGCGUUAACAGGUCAAAGGAUUUCUAUGCUGUAGACAAACACGAAUUAGUGUUGAAUGUUUGGCUAUAUAGCUUUUUCUGCGCCAUCUUCUCGUUUCUUUCUGGCCAAAGCGAAAAAGCAUAAGGACAGAUUUUGAAGCGGGUACUCAGGAAAAUCCGGGAAAGGUGUUGGGACGAUAACCAGCAGGAGGUUGGAAGUGAAUAUAAGCUAGAAAAAGCCCUUUGGAAGGUGUUCACAAGAUAGAUGGAUGGCCUCUGGUAGGCUUGAAAAAAAAACCUGAAAAUGCUUGUCAGAAGCCUUCCAGCGUUUUUCCUGAAUUUCCUUUCAAACGAUAAAAUUUAAGAAUCGAAGUAGAAACCAACUGAAAAAACUUUACACGAGGGUAAACUUUUUUUUAGAUGAACAAGAACCGCUUCAUGCGUUUCAAGGCAUAACACAGUAUAUUUCGUAGUUUUUAAAAUGCCUCUUCUCUCUUACUAGGGAACGUUUUUUACUCCGCGGUUGAACUUUUGCUGAAACAUUGCUGAAGUGUACUUUAGGACCCCCUGAUUCCAGAACAGAAAGAAAAUUUCUCGCAAUAGUUCUCGUUUUCGAGUUAUGGAGCUUCAAAAGCCCGAAAUAGCGCUUUAAUUUGCGUAUUUUGCGGACUUUGUUUGUGUUUGUAGCUCCAUAACUCGAAAACGAGAACUAUUGCGAGAAAUUUUCUUUCUGUUCUGGAAUCAGGGGGUCCUAAAGUACACUUCAGCACAGUUUCAGCAAAAGUUCAACCGGGGGGUGAAAAACGUUCCCUGGUUAGAAUUUUUGAAGUUGAACCUGUUUAUUUGAGUUAUAGCUGCCUCGAUUUUCUUCCAUGUUUUUGGUGUACGUUAUCAGCACGAUAUCAGUUCUGAUAGAUUGACACCAAAUUGACGUACGUCACAUUUGACGUUUGCCUGACAAUGGAAAGAAAUAAUUCGGCAAAAGAUAACGCUCUAUCUCUCAAUGCUCACAAUCACAAAUUUGGAAUUUUGGAUCUUUGCCAAUUCACGGUAUAAAAAAAAAGAUCAUGGGUAGCCGCAAUGGACAUACAUAUAUUUAAAUUUAUCAUCGUCGUUAUUCAUUCAAUAAGAGAAAAAGGAAAAGAAACCUCCUGAUUUCAAAGCCUCGAAGUGGGAUUCAAACGUUAGUAAAUCAGUAUUUUAUUUUAUCUAUAUGUAAACAAUAAUGAUUGCGACGCAGCUACGUACAGGAAAUGGCUGUAGAAAUCAAUCGGAACUCCUCUGAAAAAUUAUAAACUAAAAAAGCAAAGAUGAGAGUUAUGAGGCUACUUUCCGAAAAAAAAAACGGAAAGGGGAGUGAUAAGCAUGGAAAGGGAAACUUUUUUGAACUAAGUCAAGAGAGUUCAUUCACACCUUUUUAUAAAUAAUUAACAUCAUUUAUAAAUUGCUUCAGGACUACAUUGAGCAGCUGGAAGACCGCGUCGCAGACUGCAGUCAGGAGAACCAGCAGCUGAAGGCCCAAGUUGAACUUCUACAGCGAGAAAACCAGUCGGUCCUCGUGCAGCUACGUAAACUUCAAGCAGCUCUUGGACAGGUGAGAUUAGUUCUUGUAGAUUCCUGAGAGAAUCCAUGUUGCAGAGCGCCAAGAGAGGAACUCAAGCAGGCACCUGCAUCGCGGUCCUGAUGCUCUCCGUGUGCCUUCUCGUCGCACCUCACCUCAAUCCCUUGGUAGGAAGGCAAUCUUCAGUCGGAAGAAGGUAGCAAGCGAAUUCAGACGAGGGAGAACAACGUGCAAGCAGCGAUCGAGUGCGGCGAAGAGGUCGGCGUGCCGUGUCCCAACGCCGGUACCCUUGUCCGUCGUCCGACGCUGAACAAGAGCGCCGAGAAAAUGGUCGCCGCUCCAGUCUCCCUUGCCGCCUCUCCGGAGGCUGUCGUACAGCCUCAAAACGUGGCUACCUUACGAAGGUCCACUUUUGGUCAGUGUCCUUGCUUCUAAAAAAAAAAGAUUUUCAAAAAUCCAUAAUCGACUUCAAUUUUGGAAUUUUUCUGAGCCCGUGAGAACUAGAGAAAGUUACUUAAUUCAGGAAUUUCUAUAUCCUAACUUUGACUUAAUGAGGCAAAAUGCUGUAGAAAGAACACACUGAAAAAAAGAACCAUGAACCAUCUUGUUCAGAAAAAAUUUAAUCAAAUUCUGGAUAAUAAUUCAUUCGAGACUCCCUCACCUCUUCAAGGAACGAUUCCAGGCUCUUCACGUACCCUAGGGACGUAUGAGGACACCUGCGGAGCAGAAAAUGACUCGAACUGUGCCAACAUGCCGCCGCUAGUCCCGAUGCGUCGCGUCCUUCCAGGCGCCGUCACGACGAAUCGGAUGUCGGCGAGACCUCCGCCUCCUGUUCUGCCGCCUUCGCACAACGUCAGCCAUCAGAAGCACGUCGCCAUGCAGGUCCUACAGCAGAAGAGAACUUUUGCUCCUGCGGUCGAUCAACGCAUGAGCCUCUCUAUCGUGAGUAUUUUUUAUUCUGUUAUCUCAAAAGUUGAAAAGAGAAAAAUGAGGAGAGUUGGAAAAUAAGAGAAGACCUACUUUCAAGUUUCUUUUUUAGUUUCCUGAGAGGUCGCAGGAAAAAAAGAAUUGAAGGAUAACAUUCCAAUCUUAUCACACUUACUUCAUGCUCCUCAGGCACCUGAAUACGUGAAAGAGGAACCGAACGAGCCGUAUCAGCAGUGGAACGUGUCGCGCCACAAUCUGCAGUACGAACACGAAAACGAGCAGCUCAGUCAGGCUCCGCCUUAUCUGAAGCGUCAGCAGCUCGACCACUUCCCGCAGUACCGACAGGAGCAGGCCAUCCAACCGCCCGUCAAGCGUCUCAAGACCCAACUUUUCUGA